UUUAACGGUGAAUGUACGCUGUUGGUCAACGACGCGACGCAAUGGCAGUGACAAUGACAGUUAAGUGACGCGAAAAAGUGGGAAUCAUAAAGUAAGAAAAUCGAGAAAGCAGUAACAAAUGAAAAUUAAAUAACAACUAAAGUAAGAGCAAGCGAAAAAAACAACAAAAAUUUAAAUGGAUAAUUAAGUAAUGCCAUGUAUGUAUAGGUAUUCUGAUAUACAAAUACAUUUAUACGAGUAUGUGCAUCCACACGUAUUUGUUUGAAAAUAAUUAAAAAUUUAUGUUUACGCGCCUGCUUUUGUGCCUGUGUGUGUGUGUGUGUGUGUUGCACAGCUCAGCUCAUUUUUAUUAAACGUGUACGGCGAGUGUGUGCUCUCUGCCUCUGCUGCAACUACUUCCCAAUGCAACUGAGCAUGUAGUACGUCAUUGCGGUUGGCCGUUAUCAUUUUAUGGCGCAGCGCACUUCCCCAGAGUGACGUUUUUACUUUCCGUUUUCACUUUUUCCUGGCUUCUCUGGGCUACGAAAUGAAAGUGUUACAGAGAAUGAAAAUUUAAGCAGCUUUAAAGGGCGAAAUGGGCAAUGCAGCGAAUAAAAGCGAAAACCACGCCAAACACCAAAAAAGAGCAAUGAACAACAACAAAAAAAAAAUCAAAGAAAAUGUGCCACGAAAUUGAACUAAAUUAAAUAUUUUCUGCGAGCUUUUGGAAAAAAGAAAAUCAUGGACAAUAUAAUGCGCAAAAUACGAAAGCACAAAAGAAUUUCAACAGAAACACCACAGAACGCCAAUCAAUGUGAGGAAAAAGCCGAAAAAAUGAGCAAAUUCAAAAAGAAGAGUAAAGCAAAAACAAAAUAAGGAGUGAAAAUUAGGUGCAGAUAAUAUGAAAGCAAAUGAUUUUUGGGAAUUUCAAAGAGGAAAAGAAACAAAAACCGAAAGCUUGAUAAUAUUGCGCAUAGCAUAUGGAAUCAUAGCACAAAGAAAAAUUUUGCUAGAUAACGUGACAAAAAAAACGUAUAUCUAUUGUGAGAAAUAUCCAUUGGAAAUCGCAUUAUCAUCGCAUAAUCGGUGGAGGGAGGGAUAUAAAUAUGGUUUCAUUGAAAGAUGACUUGAGGCUUGAAUAGAGAUAGUAGCAGGCUGAUAAGGAAAACGCAGCAGAGAAAUGACAUGCGAAAGGAAUUAAAGUGGGAAUCAAAAAAGACAGAAAUAAAAUAAAAAAUAAUGAAAAAUUAAAAACACAGCUAAAUAGAAGCUCCGCAACUGAGAUUAAAAAGUGAGGCAAAAUAAACUGAUAUUGAAAUGCAAAGUAAAGAGUGUACAAAAUGACAAAAUGAAAAAAAUAAAUAAAAAUUCUUAGAAAAAUAGCCAGCGUUUGACAAUUUUAAAAACGUGGCAACAAAAAAAGAAAAUCCUCAUCCGAAAAAAUCGACGUGAACGAAAACACAAUGAACUGAAACCCAAGCCAGGAUAAACGAAAACAAAAAGCGAAACAGCCAGCGAGGGAAAAAAGUGAAAGCAAAACGCGCCAACACACCACCACCCACACAAAUAAACAAAACAAAGCAAAACAAACACGCGCGCAACGACAAAAUUUCAAACUCAAUGAACGAGAAAUUAUCACUGCCAGCAGCCGCAGCCACACCCAUAGAACAGCUGCAGCAACAACAACAACAACACGCGAAUUCCAACAUUUGUGCGACCAUUGACCAUGCGGAUUAUCACUAUGAAUCAACGCUGCCAGCAGCAACAGCCCCAACACCCCCAACAGCCCCAACAACAACAACAACAACUACAUACAAACACGAAAGCAACAGUACGAAUAAUAAUGCCACAGUGUGUGGAAUUGAUGUGGGCAGCUAUGUGGAGUGUGGUGGUGCAGUUGAAGCAGGUGGUGGAGGAGUGGUUGUUGGCAGUGAAUUGUAUCGUUACGCGUCGGUAGCAAGUUUAGGUGGUGGCUGUGGUAAUGGCGGCGCUUCUUCAAAAAUGCUCAGUGGUAUGGAUGUUUUCAUGGCGAGCACUGGUGUGGGUACUACUGCUUCCAUCACCGCUGGUGCGCCACCACUCGUGGCACCCUCAGCAACAAUUCUAAAAAUUAGCAACAAUAGCAGCGCCAGCGGCAGCAAAGGUAGCAACUUGAACAGUCCGCAUAGGCAGCGGCAGUUGGGUGGUGGUGGUGGUGGUGGUGGUGCACCACAGCGCGACAAUUUUUGCGGUUGCUUUGGCGGUGGAGGUGGGGUGGCAGGCAGCGACGGCAAGGGGAUGGCGCACGAAGCGGACGGCGAUAAGCAGCAAUUGGCCGCGUUGACUUUUUGGCCUGCAUUGUUUGCCAAUUUGGGUAUUUGUACGCUGCUGCUCGGCUAUCUAUUCAUUGGUUCAUUUCUAUUCCUCACCAUAGAAACAUCCGGCGAUGGAGGCAGCGCAGCUGGCGUUGUCAGUGAUCCGAAUGCCUGGUCGUACGCGCAAAAUGCAUACAUAUCGACACAACAACAACAACAGAAACAUACAACAGAGCAUGCCAGCUUUGUCGAAGCACAGCCAAAGUUAUACAAACCAAGUGAACCGUUAUUGGAUGUGGCAACCGCAGGAGGAGAAGGGGAGCACUUGCAAGGCGCAGCUGUAGCUGAUGGAGGUAAGCCACACAAAUACGAAGGCAGCGCCGAUAGCAGUGGCAACUUUCACGUGAACACGCCGAAUGUGAAGAGGCAGGCUGCGGUGAAUGACACAACAGCCGGUGCAGUUGCAAUGAGUGUUGCACAUGGUGAUGUGAUUGCACAGCCGGAAAAUCCGGAAACAUACAUUGACAACAGGCACGCCGACAAGUUGCGGCAGCAGCAGCCAAAUGACGUUGCCACUUAUUCAACGCUGCAAAGACAAGCGAAGGCAGUGGAGGCGCAAGCCUUUAGACGAGCUGCUGUUAAUGCCAUUGAUGCUGCCAUUGGCAGUGACAUUAACGGUGCUGUUGAUGAAGUUGAUGUCGGUGGGGUCGUUGGUGUUGCGAUGUCUGAGGGGGAGGCUGGCGAUGGUGAUAUGGCUAGCGCUGCGGCUGGUGCUGGUGGCGCUUGGGGCGGUGAAAAUGUGGCACUGCAGCGUACUGUGGAGAAUAUUUGGGAUAUAACGGUUUCAUUGAAUAUACUCUACAAGGAGAAUUGGACCAAAUUGGCUGCCUUGGAGAUUAAUAAAUUUCAGGAUCAAUUAGUCAAGCGGCUUGUCAUGGAUUUGACGCUAUCAACAGCGUCCACAACAACAUCGAACGAUGCAUAUUCAAGGCACCAGUAUCAACAACAACAACAGCAACUACUUGCAAAACAAGAAAACAACUUUGGACAACAGCCGCCAUCACAGCCGUACGAUUAUCACAGCAUGGAACCGGCGGCUACCAGUAAACAUUAUGGCAAUGAUGCAACUCAACAGCGUCAACAACAGCAACAGCAACUAGAACGCUACUGGCAAUUACAGGCGGCAAGACAACGUCAAUGGUUAUUGCAACAGCAGCAACAACAAUUUGAAUGGAAUUUCGCAACGUCCUUUCUGUACUCGCUGACCGUUGUGACGACAGUGGGCUAUGGCACUAUCACGCCACGCACCACACUUGGUCGCAUGGUGACCAUUGUGUACGCCACACUGGGCAUACCACUCACCUUGGUCUAUCUCUCGAGCAUCGGCAGCAUACUGGCCAAGUUGGCGAGCAGAUUUUGCGAGCGUCUGCUCUGUUGUUGCUUUUGUCGCGCAUCCACAAAUAAACGACACACAAUUUGUGGCUUCAGCCGACAACAGGUCUCCGAUAAAAAGUGCAAUCUUAAGCUGCAACAGCUACAAAAACAUCACCAACAACAGCAGCAGCAGCAGCAUUCGACGAGUUCAGCAACGUCUGCGCAACAACAAACAGCGCCCUCCACGCAAUCGGCACACUUGCCCUACUGCUACGUGCGUCCUCCGGCUGAGGAUGCGCUCAGCUAUGCCGCUGAGCACUCACCACUCUCCUCCGUACACUCUGGCCGCAUGCGCAGCGGCAGCGCGCAUACUCUACGCUGGUCCUUGGCGCUGCCGCUCGGCUUCUGUGUGGUGCUGCUGCUAGCGUAUAUCGCUUUCGGUUCGCUCGUCAUUGCCUUACUCGAGCAGUGGUCACUCUUCGAUGGCAUCUACUUUUGUUUCAUGAGUCUGACCACAAUCGGAUUUUGUGAUCUGCUGCCAGGCGCGCAUGUGCGUCCGGCUACAACCGCUUCGACAUUGGUGGUAUGGUUCUGCGUGGCGUAUAUUCUGAGUGGACUGACACUCACAUCUAUGUGUGUGAAUUUGUUGCAUGAUGAGUUCUUGCAACGCAUGCGUGUUGUGGUGAAAUUCAAGAAAAUUGCUACUGGCAAGAAUACGGCAAAGGAGCGCAGCUUCUAUGGGGCGCCACCACCUUGACGAUGCGGCUGCGAGAAAAGCGAAAACGAGCCGUGGCUUGGUGUGACAGUUGUAUGCCAUGUAACUCUGGCGGCAAAACUGCUGUAUGGCGAUAACUUUCUACGUAUGCUGGGCUUGCUGCUGCGGCAUGAAAUAAAGAUUCAACAGUGGGCAAGCGGAAGAUGAAUGUGUAGACGGAUGUAUGUGUGAAAGUGUGGGAUGACAAAUGUGUAGAUAAACAUUAUAUAUACACAUAUAUUAAAUCUGGUGGCAAAAUGUGAUUAUUUGUUAAGUGUUACUUUUACUUAAGUGCUCAAAUAACUUUAUUUUUCAUCAAUUCUUUUUAACGAAGAAAAUCUGCGAUUGAUUUCCCGCAACAAAAGGCACUGACAUCGUGACAGCUCGCGAAGUGAGAUAUUGAGAUGCGCCGAAAUCAACGCCAAUCGGCAUUCAUCACGUCAACGCAUAGCCACUCUUCCUACCGGCACUUCGCGCCACCGCCGCUUUUUCAGACAAUUUGCGUGCAAACUGAAUUAACUAUUGGAAAUUUAAGCAGCAAUCGCUAACAAAACAUGGCUAUAACAAAUAUUUAAUUUCGAACGCAAAUUAAGACGAGCUUAAAACUUUGCGCCAGCCCUUCCUUCCGCGCAAUGACUUUUUCUUCAACUUUAGUGCAGCCUUCAAACCCACCAGCCAGCGAAUACGUGAGUUCGCAGCGCGGUUCAAUUUCGCGUUGGCUUUGCAAAACGUGACAGCGAGAUGCGAUUCAAGUGACACAACAACAACGUUGAGGCAAUAUUAUUAUUUUUGUUUUUGUCGCGCGUUAAGUAAAGGAAUGAGAUCAAGAAGUGAAAAAGAAAAAGCGCGCCGGCGAAACUUGACAGUUGACAGUGAAAGUUAAGCUGCAGCAGCUGCCACAAUUGACAACUCAGCUGACGUUGGCGCUGUCAUUGUGGUUGAGAAUAGCGCAGCGGCUGUGUGAACGGAAUGGGAAGGCGGCAGCAAGCAAGGGUUGAGAUGGCGUAAGCUGUUUCAAAACAAUAGCAACAACAAUUUGGAGUGGUUGCAUUACUGGAAGCUGUCAUCUACAUAUUACUUUCUUGUAUUUAAGUAAGCAGAUAUGUAUGUAUGUAAUGAGUGCCAUGGCAGAGGCAAAUUUUAAAAUUGAAUUUAAGCGCUUAAAAAGAAUGUGGAGAUUUUAUUUGGAAAUAUUUUGUAAAAUUAAAUUCUAAGAAAUCGAAUU